AUGUUCAGCAAGGCUUUCGUUGCCGCCGCUCUACUCGGCGCCGCCGCCGUGGAUGCCCACAUGGUGAUGUCGAGCCCCAUUCCUUACGGCAAGGACACUCUCAACAACUCUCCGCUUGCGGCGGACGGCAGUGAUUUCCCUUGCAAGCUGAGGUCCAACACUUACCAGGUCACCGAAGAGAACACUGCCGCCAUCGGCCAAUCGAUGCCCCUGACUUUCAUGGGUAGCGCUGUUCACGGUGGUGGUUCUUGCCAGGUCAGUCUGACCACCGACCGCGAGCCCACGAAGGACUCCAAGUGGAUUGUCAUCAAGUCGAUCGAAGGUGGAUGCCCCGCCAACGUUGAUGGUAACCUUUCUGGUGGUCCCUCCUCUACCGGAGCCUCCAAGUUCACCUACACCAUCCCUGAAGGUAUUGAGCCUGGCAAAUAUACCCUCGCCUGGACUUGGUUCAACCGUAUCGGAAACCGUGAGAUGUACAUGAACUGUGCCCCUCUUACCGUGACCGGUGGUUCUUCCAAGCGUGACGAAGUUCCCAAGGAGAAGGCGGUUGAGAAGCGCUCUCCUAACUUCCCGCCCAUGUUCGUCGCCAAUGUCAACGGCUGUAUCACCAAGGAGGGUGUCGAUAUUCGUUUCCCCAACCCCGGUUCCAACGUUGAGUACGCUGGUAACAAGAACAACCUUGCGGCUGAGGGCAGCCAGGCCUGCACUGGCACCCCUAGCUUCGGUGGGGAUGGCAACACCGCUGGUUCUAGUGGCUCUUCCGGCAGCUCUUCUGGAAGCUCCUCUAGCAGCUCCUCCGGUGCUACCUCUGCCCCUGCGCCUCCUGCGCCAGUAGCUUCCUCGACUUUGGUCCCCAAGCCUUCCCAGUCCUCUGCUCCUGGUGUCUUUGUCCCUACUGACGCCCCCGCCCAGCCCACCCAAACUAGCGCCCCGUCUGGUGGCUCUAGCUCCGGCUCUGGUUCCAGCUCCGGUUCCAGCUCUGGCUCCGGCUCUUCCUCCAGCUCUGGUGCUCUGACUGGAUCUUGCAGCUCGGAGGGUUCCUGGAACUGCAUCGGUGGUUCUUCCUUCCAGCGCUGUGCCAACGGACAGUGGACCCCGACGCAGGAGAUGGCUGCUGGUACUGAAUGUACUGCCGGCCAGGGCACGGAUCUCAAGAUCAAGGCUAUCAACCUUGUGCCCCGCAUGCUCCACGAGAUGCGUCACAGGAAGCGCAACUACCACAACCACGCAUAA